CGAUAAGAUAAGCCAUAGGCAGCCACAAAUAAUAUCAACUGGCCAUGGGUCUGAUGGCUCAUUGCGGUGGCUCGAUUCAAGAAAUUCGGUCGAUAAUAGUACCGGCCAAAGAUUUAAAAAUCCAUUAUUUAAGGCACUACCUUUCAUAUAAUUCGGUUUUUCCAAGACGCUGAAGAAAUGGCUAAAAUCUGGGUGGCCAUAUCGCUAUUCCUAGGGGUUCUGGCAUCCGGCGAAAAUCUUGGAGCCGAAGCGAGCGGUAGCAUAGAGCCCAAGAUUGUGGGCGGUAGUUCGACAAGUAUAGAACAGGUUCCUUACCAGGUGUCCGUUCGUCUGACCGCCAACGAAAAGAAGAGCUAUGGUUCAGGUCACUUAUGCGGCGGAGUGGUGAUAUCCCAGCGUUUGGUGGCCACCGCCGCCCAUUGUUGUUACAUGACCGAUAAAAAGAAAUAUCGAACUGCUGGUGAGUUCGUCAUAGUCAUGGGCAGCACCUAUUUGAAGAGCUACACCAAUCUCACAUUGGAGUACUACCUGCAGCAGUUGAUCCCCCAUGAGAACUACAAUUCGGACUCGUUGACCAAUGACAUCGCGCUAAUGUUCAUCAAUGGAUAUAUUCCCUGGAACUGGCCAACAGUGAAGGCCUUGGCCCUAAACAGCCAACUUGUGGCCACGAGCACCGAGUGUCUAAUCUCUGGAUGGGGUCUUCUCCAGGAGGGCGGAAUUGCAAGCAGUAAUACCCUGCAGGCUGCCACGGUGCCCAUUGUCGCCUACGUCACCUGCCGCAUUUCCUACGGCUCCGUUCCGCUUUCCCAGGUGUGUGCCGGAUACUGGACUGGGGGAGUGGACGCCUGCCAGGGCGAUUCCGGCGGACCUAUGAGUUGCAACGGAAAGCUGGCCGGCAUCGUCUCUUACGGCGCCGGAUGCGCAGCAGCUGGUUAUCCGGGUGUCUACACCAAUGUCUCGUUCUAUAAUGAUUGGAUCGUCCAAAAGAACAACUCCCUAAACUACACCCUUUAUCAAAAUGGAGGAGUUCGACUGGGUUCGGGAUGGUCCUUCCUCGGGACUUGUCUGUCACUGAUCCUUGUCUUCGCUUUGGAUCUCAGAAUUUGAUCGAUACUUUAGUUCCCUUAGCUAAUUAUUAA